GCAGCUCUGCUCACCCACACCGACGCAUGGAGAAGGGAAGGAACGUGACCGAGUUCAUUUUAGUCGGCCUCACACAGAGCCCCCGAGCACAGAGAGCGGUGUUUGUGGUCUUCUUGGUCCUGUACACGCUGACGCUGUGCGGCAACCUGCUGAUCGUGGUCACCGUCGCCAGCAGCCCUGCUCUGAGCUCCCCCAUGUAUUUCUUCCUCAGCCACCUUUCCUUGAUAGACACAAUUUAUUCUUCCUCGUCAGCGCCCAAGCUGAUCGUGGACUCCCUGCGAGAGAAGAAAGUCAUCUCCUUUAAUGGCUGCAUGGCUCAGGUCUACGCAGAACAUAUUUUUGGUGCUGCGGAGAUCAUCCUGCUGACGGUGAUGGCCUACGACCGCUACGUGGCCAUCUGCAAGCCUCUGCACUACCCGACCAUCAUGAAGCACCAGCUCUGCGCCCUCCUGGUGGGAGUGGCCUGGGCCGGAGGCUUUGUCCACGCCACCAUCCAGAUCCUCUUCACCGUCUGGCUGCCCUUCUGCGGCCCCAAUGUCAUCGACCACUUCAUGUGCGACCUGUACCCUUUGUUGAAACUCGUCUGUGCGGACACCCACACCCUCGGUCUCUUUGUUGCCGCCAACAGUGGGUUCAUCUGCCUGUUGAACUUCGUCCUCUUGCUGGUGUCCUAUGUGAUCAUCCUGUGCUCCCUGAAGAACUAUAGUUUGGAGGGCCGGAGCAGAGCCCUCUCCACCUGCCUGUCUCACAUUACGGUUGUAGUCUUAUUCUUUGUGCCCUGCAUAUUUGUGUAUCUGCGCCCGGUGACCACUCUGCCAAUUGAUAAAGCUGUUGCUAUCUUUUAUACAGUGGUGGCCCCCAUGUUAAACCCUUUAAUCUACACUCUCAGAAAUGCGGAGGUAAAAAACGCAGUAAGGAAGCUCUGGAGCAGAAAAGUGACUUCAGAAAAUAGGUGA